AUGACGGGUGCUAUUGAAUUGGUUGACUCAGGAACUGGGAGUAAACAAGCUGUUUCUUUGCUCAAAGAUUCCUCCUCGAUGACUAUUCCGAUCACAUCCCAUUCACGCCUCAUUCAAACUGAGCAAAUCAAAACGAGAACGGUAUGCAUUUCCACAUCACCGGUAAAUUUGCCAAGUGAUAGUGCCAUACAGAUAACUCAAAAAGAUUCUUACACAGUUUGCGAUGAAUUAAUGGGACGUGAUGUUGCUGAUGCUGUCACCGAAAUGGAUAUCGAAUUAAACAACGGCAAGGAAAUACGACAAAGAAUAUGUUGCAGUACUGUUGCGCUGCAAACGGAGUUUGAACCGGAGCAAAGUGAGCCACGAAUAAUUGAUGAUACUGAAAUAGCAGAAUCGCUCUGGUUAAUUCCACCUAGAGACAGAAAGGAUGUAGCAGUGGGUAAUGAGGAUGAUGUAAUCGAGGUGUAUGAAACAUCUGACAGCAUCACUCUAUGCAGGGAACUUAUGUUGGAUAGCGAUGAUGACGAUACAAUUUGUGUAGUCGAAGAAACAUUAUCGGACCCAGAAGAUAUCGAUUUCGAAAGUUCGAAGUCUGCGGAGCAGUUGUUAAAACAACGUAUUGUAGACAAUUUAAACAUUAAAACUACAAGUGAAGUCGCCAAAGAGAUCAAAACACCUCGAGCACUGGGUCACGCGCGUGCAGCCAUAGUUAAAAAAAUGCUAACUGAAAAAUCACAACCAUUAAGUUUCAUUCGUGGUACGGCGACAUCCAAAUCUUGGCGAUUAACCACUAAAAAAGGAGAUCCGCUUCAAUACAUUGUUGAUCGGCACAAAACACAGGCCGGUUCGGCUUCCUCAACACCUCAAACAACAAAAGGUACCUUGAAAGAAAAAGUUAAUCUUAAAAAAGAUGUACCGCCACAAAUGCCAUUAUCGAAAGUCCCGGAACCGGUCCCAGCUCGAAUACCACGACCCAAAAUCAGCAAAUACAUUCUUGGAGAAACUGUACCACAAUCGCCCGAUGAAGAAGCUGAAAUAGCCGAUCGACUGACUCCAUUACGUUCGGAGAUGCGUACUCUACGAACGUAUUCUAACGGACGAACAGUGACGUUUUCCCGACCUGCGCAACCCCUGAAGAACGCACUGCCUAGGAUAUCUCUCCCAACCUACGGCAAAUCUAACAAUCCAGUUAUUUUCGAAGACAGUACGAGUUCAUCUUCCGAUUCGGAAGGUUCAUACGAUACAAACGAGGCAGGUAGAGCUGCCCAAUUUGAGCUAACACCACAGCUUAGUGAAGCGAUCGAAAUUCUCAAGAAACACUUCCAGAAGCUGGACUCAGUUGAACCUUCUUUACUGGAUUGGGCAACGAAGCAUGCCAAACAUGAAUGGUUGAAAACAGCAGCUCGGAAAACAGCAUCAGCAAUUCAAGUGGAAGGUUUUAUUGACUUCCUGGAAGCAGCAUCAAAUGCUGUCCUUAAAUUCAUCAUCAAUCUGGCUGAUCCUAAUGAGAAUACUGCUCUGCAUUAUGCAAUAUCUCAUGGUAAUUUCGACGUUGUUAGUGUUCUUUUGGAUUCGCGAGUGUGCAAUUUGGAUCGUGCUAAUAAGGCCGGAUAUACAGCGGUGAUGCUUGCAUCGCUCUGUGAUGCUACCGAUGAAGUUGAGGCUGCCGUUAUUCAUCGACUGUUUCAGUUAGGUGAUGUGAAUGCUCAAGCUGUUCAGCACGGACAGACAGCAUUAAUGCUGGCUGUUUCCCAUGGCAAAAUCAAUACGACAAAGUUAUUGAUUGAUUGCCAAGCUGAUCUCAAUAUACAGGAUGAAGAAGGUUCCACAGCACUGAUGUGUGCUGCAGAACACGGCCAUAAAGAAAUCGUGAAAUUAUUGCUACUACAACAGGAUAUUGAUGCUUCACUUUCAGAUUGUGAUAGUUCAACAGCCUUAUCAAUUGCAGUGGAAAAUGGCCAUCGUGAUAUUGGUAUUUUGAUCUAUGCACAUCUCAAUCAUUCAUGCAAACAAAACCAGAAUCAACAGAAGAUAGAAUCAACUUCAUAAAAUCCCAACCAACAUCUUGUUAUCUGUUCGAUAGCUCAUCAUUUUUAG